CGAGGUGUACUGUAUGGCGCUCUUGCUCCUGCAUCUAUUGGCAGCUGCACGCUAUUUCCACUGCCUUUGGAACGGUUUCUCCUGUAAUUCUAGAACGCCCAGCAAAGGUUCCGACAAACAGGUACAAGGGAAAAAAUAACUUGUCGCCAAGUCGCCUCUGUGCUCGGUACUCUCUUCUGCGCUUCCGCGACUUGCCUCUACUGUACCUUAGGUACAAAGUACUUGAGGAAGAACCCCAAAACGCUCGUAUCGUGGUCCUGGAGAGCUUCACGUGGCACAUGCGGUUUCCGUGCGCCCCUCAACACCUCGCAGCCCAUGCAUUUGCAUUUCAGGCCGAACGCCAAGGAAUUUACUCUGCAAGACACCCCAUACCUUGUCGGCCCACUAAAAACUCAAUGCACGACACAUGAAGGACUGCCAUCAAACGAUGGCGGCUGCCAAUUGGCCGCGCGAGCAUUGUACUAUCGAAUGAGUAUCUUGCAACUAAUCAUCUUUGUUUAUGCCAUACACGAAUGCAAACAAAUCAAACUGCCACAUAAUAUCUUCUUAAACUUGUGCUUUUCAAUCGCUUUGUCCCAAGGGCCUGAGAGGCACAGAGGCGCAUGGUGGGAAAGACCUUCAGACCAAAGCGGCAGAAACGCCCAAGCAGUCGACGCCUGAACCUGCACUGCCGUACCUGCACUGAUAUCUGUGCGCCAUGAUCAACCUUGGACUGGCCCGCAUUGUCAGGCUGGUCGAGAGAGGGGAUGCAUUUCCAUGGAGAGCCGUCCAUGUUGCAGGGACCAAUGGAAAGGGGUCCAUAUGUGCAUAUAUCUCAGCCUUGCUCACACAGGUUGGCGGCUACUCCGUCGGGCGAUUCAACUCCCCGCACAUGAUUGACAGAUGGGAUUGCAUCACCCUCAAUGAGAGAACUGUUCACUCAAGCACCUUCGCCGCAGCCGAAAAGGACGUGCUUCGGCGGAACGACCAGCUCAAUAUUGGCGCCAGCGAGUUCGAGCUCUUGAGCGCCACCGCAUUUGAUCUUUUUCGGUCCUCUGGAGUGGAUUUUGGCGUCGUCGAGGUCGGCUUGGGUGGAAGAGACGAUGCAACGAAUGUGCUGGAGAAUAAAGCCGUGACUGUCAUCUCCAAGAUUGGCCUGGACCAUCAGUCUUUCUUGGGCAACACUCUUGCUGAUAUUUCGCUGCACAAAGCUGGAAUUAUGAGACAGGGCGUCCCCUGCGUCGUCGAUGCUAGCAACCCGCCUACGGUCCUGGAUGCCAUACACAGCCAUGCAAAGAGUGUUGGAACCGACAUUAUCCUCGCCUCGCCGUCUUCAGACACCCGAACGCAGCUUUCGCGACAAGGAUUUGCACCUCACCAGGUCCAGAAUCUGUCGUGCGCUCUCGAGGCUUUUCGGGUAGCUUGUCCGGCUAAAAAGUCCACUCCCUUAUCGGAGUUGUUGCCAGUCCUAGAGAGAAUCUCAUGGCCCGGGAGGCUACAGACCAUCGACAUCGGCAAAAUAGUCGAUAGUAGUAAAUCAGCAUUGUUGGACGGCGCACAUAACGUCCAAUCGGCAGAAGUUCUGGCUCAGUAUGUCAAUGCCCAUGUUAGGAAUGGAAAUGAGCCGGUCACGUGGGUUCUGGCUGCUUCUGCUGGAAAGGAUGUGGCAGGAAUAUUUGAGCUUUUGGUAAAGCCACAGGACCGUGUGGCAGCAGUCCGAUUUGGGCCUGUAGAGGGCAUGCCGUGGGUUACCCCUGAGGAUCCGGAUUUGAUUCUCAAGUUGGCGUCUGACCUGGGAGUAGAUAGGUCAAGCCUUUUUAAUGCCGACGCAGACCUGAGGCAAGCUUUGAAAUGGGCCGCUUCGACAGGUCGUGGCCAGCCUGUUGUAAUUGCCGGAAGUCUGUAUUUAGCUGGUGAUAUUCUGAGACUUUUGAGAUAGUCAUCAAAACGAACCGCCAUCUGCUGGA